GAUCGUAAGGAUGUCGCGCACUCGAUCCCAUCAGCGAACGUUCCUUAUCCCACGGACGAUGACGCUCCUUAUCACUGGGAAGGCGCUCCUCCUCGUCCUCCUAAGCUGCGGACUUUGCGCCGCUCUCGUCAAUAAUGGAAGGAAGCCAAGCCACGGGAAAUACGUCGCCUGUUACUUCCAGAGCUGGGCCAUUUUCCGGAACGGCGACGGAGUCUUCCAAAUCCAGGACAUCAAGCCCGAGUACUGCACCCACCUCGUCUACUCGUUCGCCGGUCUCAAUGGCACGACCUUCCAAAUUAAGAGUCUCGAUCCCUGGGCCGAUUUAGACGAUCACAAUGGCAAAGAUGGCUACAGGAAGCUGACGCAAUUACGCUAUCAGCAUCCAGGACUGAAGGUAUCAUUGGCUAUUGGAGGAUGGAACGAGGGAAGUUACAACUAUUCGGAGAUGGCCAGGUAUCCGGAGCAUCGAAAACGUUUCGUCAACAGCGUUGUUCACUUUUUACGAGCUUACAACUUCCAAGGUCUCGACUUGGAUUGGGAAUUCCCAACAGCGAGAGGUGGAGCCGAUUAUGAUAGACACAACUACAUACUUCUUCUGCAGGACCUCAAACGAGCCUUCAGGGAACAUGACUUCCUGCUAACGGCGGUCAUAUCUGCCGACACAGAAUCCAUGGGCAGGCGCUACGACAUCAGGAUGAUGUCCGAGUACCUGGAUUACAUUCACGUCAUGACUUACGAUUAUCAUGUUCUUGAAGGUGGAGUCAUUAUGCCCAAUGCUCCCUUAGACGAAGUGAACAAGACUUUGGACUAUCUGGUACGAUCUGGUGCACCAAUAAGAAAAUUUAUUUUGGGUCUGCCGACAUACGGAAGAAGCUACAUUCUCGCAACAGCAUUAAGAUCACAAGAGGAAAAUCCGAUUGGAAAACCUAGUUUAAAAAAUAGUUGGUCAGGCCCAUACAACACUCAAGAAGGAUUCAUGGGUUAUAACGAAAUCUGUAAAUAUUUACUAUCGAAUGGCUCCUGGAUCGAUAAGUGGGAUAAUUUGAGUAGUACACCAUACGCAAUAAUGCAACAUAGAGUCAUUGUGUACGACAAUGCAAAAAGUUUGCAAGCUAAGGUACGACUGGCGAUGCGGAAGGGUCUAGGGGGCGUGAUGAUCUGGAGCAUCGAUACGGACGACUUCCGGGGCGACUGCCGACCGACCCACGGACGCAACCACGUCGACGCUCAAGACUACCAGUACCCCCUGAUGCAAGCCAUCGGCUUCGCUCUCGAGAGGGACUCAAGCGGCCAACCCCUAGCCCUCCCUGCCCUCGGCCUCGUCCUCCUCUGCCUCAUCCUCCAUCCCUUGAGUCUACCUCAGCUUGGGCUUGGACACUAA